AUGUCUGGGGAGGGCUACAUCACCAUCCACGAGACCAACCCUCCGCAGCGCCCCGGCGCCUUCGGUGCUAACCGGCCUCCACCUCCGCCUCCUCCGCCUCCGCCUUCCCCGCCUCGUGCCGGAUAUGGAGGCCAACAACCCCUCCGCGUCAUGACUUCACCGCCGAACGGUAGCUAUACCUAUCGCGCCCAGCAGCCCGGUGGGCCAUAUGCCAGGGCUACGACCACGACGCUGCCACAGCAGCAGCAGCAGCAGCACUACCACCCUCAACAACCGAGACAACAACAGUAUGCUGCCGCUGCUGGCCCCGUCGCAACCCAGGCCAACACCGCCGUCAAGAUCUCCGACCUGAAGAAAGACCUGCCCCCAACAGUCGAGGAAGCCCGCGAGGCCCUCUCCGACUACUUUGUCUUUCGCUUCACAAAAGCCGACGGAGGCAGCGGCUACGCCAGCGACGGUACUCGGCGGAAGCCGUCCUGGAAGCGGGCACUGCGCGUCGGCGUCCCCGGCAUUUCCAAUCGCCAGGCCGCGAAGAUCGUCCGCGAGCUCAACCGAGACACGAUCUCGGUUACCAAGAAGAAGGAGAUGCUCAGCGUGGACGAGCAGCGCCAGGUCGAGAAGGCCUUGGAGGACCUGCAGAAGCAGUACGACGACGCCUGCUUUGAGACCACCCUGGUCCAGCUGGACGACCGGAUCGAGCAGACGACCAAGGACAAGGACUCCAAGGAUAAGGAGAGAAGGGGCAAGAGCGAAAGCGACCACAGGAGGGAACGGCAUCGCACGGUGCCCUCGAAGCAGCCGUCCAAGUCGAAGCCCACCAAGAAGGUCGUCCUCGAGCGCGUCAGUCUCACGGCCUACUUCAAGCGUGCUCCCCGGCCAGAUGUCGACCCCAUCGCGAUCCUGCAGUACCGCAAAGCCCAGCGGGAUGCGCAGAUAAGGGGAGCAUACGUCCAGCCCGUAGGCCGGCCUGAGGAAGGCCAUUAUGCUUCUGCGCCACCGCAGGGCAUGCCUUCGGGACGCGGAGACAUCAGGGGCACUGGUCUAGCCGGCCAACCUGCCCAAGUCUACCGCACACAACACUCCAGGGUCCCUGGCGUAACCGUCGUCCAGCCCGCUCCGCCCAGGCACCCCUCCGCCGCUGCCCAACGACACGCCUCCCCGCACCGGUCGUCCCCGCACAUCCAUCAUGGCGCUCGCUCUCCCGCCAGCACGGACGAGUCUGUCUACUCCGAGACCUUCUCGGCCGGGGACGACGACACGUCGUGCACCUCUCCCUCGUCGGCCUCGUACGUCUCCAGUGCCAGCUCCUAUGAGCGCUUGGACACUGCGACCUCGUCGAAGCCCAGCUUCCGCGAAGGCCCCGCGUACUACGGCAUUCAGCCUAACCUCCCACAUGGCGGCAGAGGCACAGUGCACAUCCAGCCACACCGGUCUGGCGUCCGCGGACGGCGGCAGUCCGUCCCCGCCCCGAACCAGGCCUUCCCGCAUCACCAACCAACCCAGGGAGUUCCCGCCGGCUUCUUCGCUUCCCGAGCGGCCAACACACCUCACACCACCACGCCAAUCCCGCCCGUCCCCACCGCGCCAGCUCCGACCCCAUACCCGAUUCCCCAGGCAGUGGGAUCGGUCCCAGUGCAAAUGCCAGGUCAAAUCCCAGUCCAACAGCCUGCAGCCCCUUUGCAAGGGUCCAUACCCCCUCCGCCACCACCCUCUGAUCCCCAUCUGGGCCAUCCCCACCACAUGACGGGAGCAGCAGCGGUAGCAAUGCCCCAACAGCACUUGCACAUCCCCCCCACAGCCGCAGCCGCAACCGCAGACCCCAUGCUGCACCCAGCUGGCGCCAUCGACGCGCGGCAGAUCUACGACAGGGCGUACGCGGCCGGGCGCGCCGACACGCGCGAAGAGGCCAUCACGAUGGCCGAGCGGAUCGCCGCGGCCACGGCACAUCCGCAGCCGGCGGCGACGACAGCGCCGACGGCGCGGCGGGGCAGCUCGCCGGUGCCGGUGCGGGUGAUCCAGUUGGAUCGGCCGUCAGACAGGGAUAGGGGAAGGGGUAGAAGUCGAAGCUGGGAUAGGCAUAGGAGCAGGGAGCGGAGUUGGAGCGAGGACAGAGAUAGGGACUGGGAGAGGGACAGGGAGAGGAACAGAGAUAGGGACAGGGAGAGAGACAGAGAGAGAGGCAUGAGAAGGGGCCGGGAGAGGGAGCGGGAGCGGAGCUGGGACAGGGGCUUGGCGCGGGCUCGGAACUGGGACAGAAGCAGGGAGAGGAGGCGCGGUCGCAGUCUCAGCCUCGACAGAGGCAGGAGCCGCGAGCGGGAGAGAGAAAGGGGCAGGGACAGGGACGACGAACUGUGGGACCGCGAGCACAUCCGGCCCAUCUCCCCCAGCCGGCCGCGCUCGGGCGUGCGCAUCGUGCGUCCCGCCGACGGGUACACGCGGCCGCGCUUCGGCAUGGAUCGGGCCGGGUUGGAGCGCGACAUGGAGCGGCUCCGGCUGGCCGACGACGGCGAGGUGCGGUACGGCGCGGAGCGAGUCCGCGGCGCUGGCGCGCCGUUCGCUUCCGGGCGAGACAGGACGCUGGAUGGACGCAGGGAGAGGGAGAGCGACUACUACUGGGAGACGCGGGCAGAGAAGCAGAUGCUGAGGGGCGAGCGGGACGGUCUUGGAAGGGCCAGGCGGGACUCGGGCGUGGAUGUGGACACGCUGCCGUUGGCGGGCUCGAAUCCGUUCGCGCCACGGCCGGGGCUGGCGAGACGGACGGGCACGGGCACGGGCACGGGCACGGGGACAUACGGCGGAUAUUCUUCUCGGCCUGGUCGUGAUGAUUUUCUUACGCUAUGA